UUCAAAGAAUAUAAUACUUAUAAUACUUAUAUUGACAAACUAUACUGCCAAGUAUUGUAUUGGCUAAAUUAUUCAUUUCGACUCGUGCCAAGGACAUGAUGGCUAAUCAAAGUAUUACUAUUCUUCAACAACUAUAUAUUCAAUUUGAUUAUUGAUAAUACACGAAUGAUUAGAACAUGAUAAUAAUGAUGGAUAAAUUGAAAAUUUUUCAUAUUGAACGAUGGUCAUCAUUAUGGCCAUCAUCAUUAAAAUCAUUAAAUAUGAUCUUGAUAAAAAGAAUAUCGAUAUUGUUAUUGUUACUAUUAUUUAUUGUCCAAUAUGUUAACUGUGAUGAUAAAAAUCCUAAUGAGAUUUUAUCGCAAUCAUUAAAUAUCCAAAAUUUUUCAACACCAUCAUCAACAGCAACAGAUUCAUCUUCUAGUCAAACAACAACAAUUGUGCCAAUAAUAGCAUCGACGAAUAUUUCUUCUAAUUUGAAUUCCAAUUUUUCAACAUCAUUACCGACGAACUUAUUUCAUAAUUUUACUGAUGAUUCUACUGUUGCCAAUCAGUCAACGACAAAUUCAACUGAUAAUAAUGGAACAAAUAUUGCCACCACUAGUCAAACAUCAACACAAGUAUCAAUCGAUCCUAAUCUACCGCAUAAAGGAGCUGCCGAAGAGGAACGACAUUCAUCGAUGGCCAUAUUUUUUGUCCUUUCAGUCAUUGCAUCGUGCAUAUUUUUAAUUCAUUUCAUAUUGGAAACCAAAUUUCAAUACAUUCCAGAAAGUUUAGCUGUUGUGUUCCUAGGAGCUGCCAUCGGAUUAGUGAUGAAAAUGUCUAGCCAAAAUCUUGGUGAUUGGAAGAAAGAAGAAACCCUAAGUCCGACAAUGUUCUUUUUAAUUCUAUUACCCCCAAUCAUUUACGAAUCCGGUUAUACAUUGCAUAAAGGCAAUUUCUUUCAAAAUAUCGGUUCCAUUUUAGUCUUUGCGAUAAUUGGCACUUCAAUUUCGGCCUUUGUCAUUGGUGGGGGUGUCUACAUUCUUGGUGCAAUCGAUUUAGCUUAUAAAUUAAGUUUUACUGAAAGCUUUGCAUUUGGUUCGUUGAUUUCAGCUGUUGAUCCUGUAGCUACAUUGGCCAUAUUUCAUGCCCUAAAUUUGGAUCCUAUAUUGAAUAUGUUGGUCUUUGGUGAAAGUAUUCUUAAUGACGCUGUUGCAAUCGUAUUGGCCACAACAGCAUUAGAAUUAAAUCAUAUAGAUGAAAGCGUUUCUGGUACGACGGCCAUCUUCAAUGGAUUUGUACGUUUUUUUAUCGUAUUUUUUGGAUCGGCCGUCAUUGGAGCUGCUUUUGCAUUGCUUGCUGCAUUGGUCUUUAAAUAUGUAGAUCUUCGGAAAUAUCCUUCAUUGGAAUUUGGAAUGAUGUUGAUUCUCAUUUAUGCUCCUUAUGGCCUGGCUGAAGGUCUUCAUCUUUCUGGUAUUAUGGCUAUCCUAUUUAAUGGUGUUGUAAUGUCACAUUACGCUCAUUUCAAUCUAUCACCUGUUACCCAAAUCACUAUGCAACAAACAUUGCGAACACUUGCAUUUAUUGCUGAAACAUGCGUUUUCGCUUACCUUGGAUUAGCCAUAUUCAGUUUCAAAAUGAAAAUUGAAAUGUCAUUGAUAAUCUGGUCGAUUCUGUUGUGUUUGAUUGGCCGAGCUGUUAAUAUCUACCCACUUUCUUAUUUGGUUAACUAUUUUCGAGAGCAUAAAAUCUCAAAGAAAAUGAUGUUCGUCAUGUGGUUCAGUGGGCUUCGUGGAGCUAUCGCUUACGCUUUGGCACUUCACUUGGAUUUCGAAGAAGAAAAACGCCGAGUUAUUGUGACGACUACAUUGAUCAUUGUACUAUUCACCAUUAUCGUUUUGGGUAGUUCGACAAUGCCCGUCCUUAAAUAUAUGAAUCGAAGUAAACGCAUUAAUAAAGGCCGUCGGCGUCGUGGUUCAAAAUCAAAACGUUUGAUUACUCUAAGCAAAACACAAGAAAUGGGACAAGCAAUCGAGACUGAACAUUUAUCUGAAUUGACCGAAGAAGAACUAGAGGUUAGUUAUCGUAAUGAAUCGAAUUUGAAAGGUUUCGUUCGAUUCGAUGCACGAUAUCUGAUGCCUUUGUUCACAAGAUUUUUUACCGAUCAAGAGGUAAAAGAUUGUAAAUCACAAAUGACCGAUCUGACCAAUCGUUGGUAUCAAACCGUCAGACGACCUUCAGAAUCUGAAGAAGAAAGAGACAAUCUUUGCAAUUCGGGUGAUGAUUUAUAUGAUGAUGAUUAUGAUGACGAAACGUUUGAUGAGAACAAAAACAGUCGAUAUUUUAUUGAUGUUGGCGACGAAGAUGAUGGAAUAUUUGCCGAUGUAGAGGAAGGUAGUGUUGGCCAUGGACAUAAACACCAACGUCAACAUCAUCAUCGACAUCAAAAGAAUGAUGUCAUACCUGAGAAACAGUUGUUGUGUGGUUCUACGAAAAAACAUUUAUACAAAAAAGAAUCAUCGUCCGUUCGUUCAUCAAGAUCAACUGGAUCACAUCGAAAAAGUAAUCAGAAAUUAUUUCAAAAAUCUAAAUUGAUGCUUAUAAACAAUCAAAAACGAAACAAUCAUGGCUAUCAUGAUGAUGAACAGAGCGAUAAUGGUACAUUUGUGAAUGGAUCGAUAUUAACCUAAUUAUUUAUUUUUAUUAUUAACGAAUGGUGAAAAAGUGAAAUCAUAAUAACUAACCAUUAUUUUAAUUACAUUCCAAUGUAUUAAUCAUAACGAAUCCUACAUGGAAUAUACGGAACGAUUUUUAUUUA